ACUGACGGCGUCUGAGCCUCAACUGGACAUUCACACCUCCAAGGGUAAAGGAGUCUCUGGUUUCAGGCUGAGGAGAAGGUGGGAUGAUGCACUGAAUCAUAAAGUUUUUGGGGGAGGUUGGAGGGGGGGCGGUGAUGCUGAGGGGAGGAGUACGAUGCCAGAGCAGAACACUGAGAGAGUUGGGAGCAGAGCAGCAGUGUGAGACGUGCCCCCCCGCUCACAGGAAGGUGCUGCACUGAGGCCGAAGCACAAAUCUUUGUCUUUGACUCUGAGACGAGUGCAGAUAAAACAUGGGAGUGUACAAUGAACAAGGAGAGGCCCUCGAGGCCCCAGAGCCCCAGCACAUGCAGAUCAAAGGGAGUAAGGGAGGGCCCCCCCUCCGCAGUCGCCCCAGCAAAUCUCCGCCCAAAGACGCCGCAGAUAAUGUGAUGUUCAUGGUCGGGGGAUGGACCCAAGAUGAUCCGUCCUGCUUGGUCGAGCAGUUCUGUCCCGAGUACAACGAGUGGAGAUCAGCAGCACGUAUGGUCAACAGCCGUGGAUCUGUGGCUGUGUGCUCCCUGGAAGGAAAGAUCUACGCUGUGGGUGGAGAGGAUAAAAUCAGAUGUCACAGCAGUGUGGAGAGGUACAGCCCAGACACAGACAGCUGGAGUACAGAUGUAGCACCCUUGAGCAGCCCCCGCAGCGGCGUGUGUCUGGUGGCGAUGGACGGAUACCUGUUUGCUAUUGGAGGACAUGAUGGCAUAACGGCUAUGAGCACCGUGGAGAGGUUUGAUCCCCAAAUGAACGCGUGGAGCAAACAGGCCCCGAUGCUGAGCAGACGAGCCGGAGCAGCGGCUGCCGUGCUGGACGGUCACCUGUAUGUGAUCGGGGGGAAUGAUGGAGACAUGGCUCUGAGCUCAGUGGAGCGGUACAGUCCGGUAGAUGGUACCUGGUCGAUAUGCGCCCACAUGCGGAGUCCCAGGGAGAACGCCGGAUGCACCGUGUACCUGGGACACAUCUACGUGUCCGGGGGCAAAGACGAGCUCAGCCUGGAGCUGUGUGAAGCCGAGAGGUUCCACCCCGACACCAUGAGGUGGUCCCCGGUGAAAUGCAUGAGGAGCAAGAGGGACAGCAUGUCCCUGGUUGUGUUCAACGGGUCCCUGCUGGCUGUGGGAGGCUCUGACGGUGUCACCAAUCUGAAAACAAUAGAAGUUUACAGCCAUGAAACCAACUCGUGGAGACACUUUGGAAGCAUGAAGAGCAAGCAUCCAGGAGGCAGAGUGGCUGUUCUGUGCUGAUACUCCGCAAACGCUCCUGUUACGUCAACAGGACAGAGGUGUUGGAGAGAGAGAGAGUCUAAUGGAUGUAUACGCCGCCGGUGUCCAGGACACAUUGUGAAACGUUUCCAGUAUAAAGCAGCAUAAUGACUGAAUAAUUAAAGAGUUCAGUCCAAAAUGAGACAUCCCUGCAUUAGCCGGAGAGCUGGCAUCUGCGGCUCAGGAAACGACUGUGGGCACUGAGGUGAAGUUUAUUAUAGACUAACAGGUUACCAUUUUCUGUUGUGUGUCUUUGUUAUGUAUCUACAUUAUAAGACAGAUUUCUUCUAUAGAGAUGAACCAGUGGAAAAUACAGUUCUGGUGCAUUCCCCCAUGAGAACAGAGCAAAUUUGGGACUUGCAGCCUUUCAAACACAGACUGACAUUUUAUUAGACAAAGAUAAUCAGUGUGAAAUUAAGAAAAGGGAUCCUGGGGUUUAAAGACAGAGGUUCUCAUUUAUUUUCUCAGUCAGGGACCCACUCAUGUAUUUCUCCCUUGGAAUAAUACGAUAUAGCCAAUAUUUUUUAACAGUUACGAGACAGAACAAGGCAAGAUAUUAAUGUAAAUGAAAUAUAUUAAACAUGUAUUGAAAAUAUUUGCAUUGUGUCAACACAGAAUACCCAAAUAUCAUGAUAAUUUUAAAUGUGGAAAUUCUUCAUGGACUGUCACGGACCCCUGUUUGAGAACCACAUGUGUGCCAAUUGUAUAUUUUUUAUUUUAUUGUAUACGAUACACGAUUGUUUAUACUAUUGUGUAGUGAUGCAAAGAGAUGAAAUGAAGAGUAAAGACGGAUUUAAUGCAGGUUUUUGGGUGAAAGAAAGUUCAGGAUUUGGAUGCCAGAAUGAUUAUUAUAGGAAAGUAGUGAUUUAACCUUGGUAUAUUGUACAAGGAGGCUUUGAAGAUGGACGACUUGGGAGGCUGUUGGAAGUGCAACCAGUGUACUGAGUGUUUUAAAGUACAUAGAGAUAUAUGUAACAGAUGGGUUUUAUAUGAAAUUGCUCCAGUAAGUUUGAGAUGUUUGACUCUUUCAUUUAUUUCUUUGUCUUUGAAAUGUCCAUCCUAACCAUAUAUGACACAUUUUGCGUGUGAAUCAGUUUCUGUGACUUCCUGCCACCAUACUGGAAAUUACCCUUGACUGAGACUAUGCAACAAAUCAUUUAUCUAAAGUAAACAUUCACAAAAUGGAUUUUCAAAUAAAAAAUCUGCCAGAUCGAGUUGCGGUGAAAUAGAAAGACAGAGAGCAAUCUGUGGGAAUAAAGAUCCUGAGCGAGAUAAGGAGACAAGCCGGUGAGUGAGAUGCGACUGCUGGCAUGGGAAAACAUAGAAGUAGCUUGUGUGGGCUUUAAAGCGAUGACGCUCAGAGCUCUUCCCCCUGGAGAGUUAUGGGCUGAAUUGUGGGGAGGCUGAGCGCAAGGAACGCACACACACAGAGCAACGCUGAGCAUCGCUGAGCAACGCUGAGCAACACAGAGCUUUAUUCUCCUGCGGACGCGCACACACGAGUCGGCGGCAUCUCCUCCAACCGUGCCUCUGUGAGCACAUCACAGCAUGAAUAUUUAUUUCAAUUUGAGAGGGACAGUUAAGAGGCCAUUAGCAGAGGACAGAACUGUUGCAGGUAUGUUUGAACAGAAAAAAAACUAAAAAUAUGUGUUGUCUCGUGAGAUAUUGUGAUUUGUAGAAGUUGUCAAGACUUGGCAUGCUGUGUGUAACCCUCCCUUCCCUGGUGUUGGAUUUUUAGGGAAUUGUGGGAAGGACGUAAUAAAUAACUUAUGAUUUAA